GCUUCUUGGUCUGUGGCGACUCCAGCGAUCUGCAGGGUUUGAACGUCACUCUUAAGGAUCAAAUUACCAGAGAGAAAAAACUCAGACAGAGAGAGAGAGAGAGAGAGUGACAGGAGGCAGAGGUCUGAGGGAAUACAUGCAUCAUCGUGCAAGUAAAGGAAGGAGUGAGGAAUAAAUACAACUUUUUUGUAGCUUACAUUUUGAGCAUUUAAGAUCAUGAGGCAUCUUUUCACUCCGAUCAAUCUCAUUAUUCCCACCCCGGCUAUUGGAAUCCAUGGCAGUCGCGGACAUCGAAUCAGUUGGGAUGACAGUAGUUCAGUCAGCAGUGGGAUCAGUGAUGCUAUUGAUACCGAUGACAUCAUGAACACCAGCUCCUCCAUAAGCUCUUACGCCAACACCCCCGCCGCGUCCCGUAAGGCCCUGAACGGACAGCCUCAGACAGAUGCAGAGAAGCAUUCAGCAGGCAAACACAACACUGCUUGGUCCAGCGAUGAAGUUAGGAAGGCAGACGGGGGUUUGGAUUGUGACAUCAAAUUGGAAGCAGGUCUGAAGUGGCGGCGGACCCCUUCAGAUGUUUCAGAGGAGUCCGAUAAGAGCACCUCUGGACGGAAAACAGCACCUAUCAGUCAGACGGGCUCCUGGAGGAGGGGCAUGAGUGCACAGGUGGGCGUGACUGUACCGCAGACCAAAAGUACAACAGUAAUCACGGGAACCGGCGUGAUUAAGACACAAGGGACAGGUAAAACAGAUGAUGCUAAGGUCUCCGAGAAAGGCCGCAUGUCUCCCAGUUCCAACAUCGUCCAGCAUUCCUCCUCCGACGCCGGUCGAAGCAGCGGAGACGAAGCCAAGAAAACACCCGCAGGCCGAGUCCCCACAAGCACAUUUGGUUUCAAAAAGCCCAACGGCGUGCACGGCCCGGCCACUGUGGUUCCCACCUCCAGCAUCCCUCUGGUGACAGCGAGUGGUGCCACCAUCACCAGCGGCUCUGCCACCCUGGGUAAGAUUCCCAAGUCCUCCGCCCUUCUGGUGGGUGGGAGAGGGUCGAUAAAAGGGGCUGUGGAUGGUGUAUUGCCCCUUCAGGAGGAUGGCUACCUGUCCCCCAGUGCUCGUUCAACACUGCAGUACAGAAGUCUACCUCGACCCUCUCGUUCUGGAGCCACGGCCCGUAACGGAAACCGAUCGUCCACAAGCAGCAUUGAGUCAAGCUUGAGCUCCCGGACACCUGUCCUUACUGCCGUCACGGCCGGCAAACCGAAAGAUUCUGCCACUAAAACCAACGGGCACAUAGUCCAAGCCAAUCAGAUGGACAAAGAGAAGGGCGUGGCCUCAGAGAUAGACAACCUGAGAACCAAUCCGAUUGUUUCGGGAGGAGGGGCGGCGACUAUCCCACAGACAGCGAGACAGGGAAACAAGUAUAGCGAGGUCUCGUCUCCAACAUUGCGAAGACUUUUUGGAGGUAAGGCUGCUAAACAAGUCCCGGGCACCACUGCAGAGAGCAUGAAAAACUCAGUCGUAAUUUCCAACCCCCACGCUACCCUCGGGCACACCCAGUCCUCCGGUGGGCCCUUGGACUCCCCCUCCACAAUACCAGGCAGCGGCGGCAGCAGUCCUCUGUACGGGGGUCGUGGUGUCAGCAUCGGGGGCAGUGAACAGGCUUCAAGCCCUGGUUCGGUGUACUCAACGGGCACUGGGACCUGGGGCACCACCAUCAGCAGCUCUUCGGCUCUCGGCUACCCCUCCGUCAGCAGCAUGCACACCAGCAGCGAGUCCAUCGACAUGUCAGUGGGCAACGGGCAUCACCGUGAUGAUGUUCACCCGGUGCUGAUGAGAACGGCCAGUGCUAAGAUAGGCUCAGAGAGUCCCCUCUCCUCUCCCUCUGCGAGUCCUAAAUUCUGCCGUAACACAUUGCCACGGAAGCAAGACAGUGAUUCCUGCAGUGAUAGAAACACACUUCCCAAGCUGGGACUCAAGUACAGGUACGCCCCUUCAGCACAGCUGCGUCAGGAGGAGGCACGUGAUUGGCUGCGCUCACAUUCGGCUGGUGGUUUGCAGGACUCAGCCACUAACUCUCCCUUCUCCACCGGCUCCAGCUUGACGUCACCAUCUGGAACGCGAUUUAACUUUGCUCAACUUGGAAGCCCCACCACAGGUGCUCAGAUUAACCUGGCCAGCCUGCGCAACAACAGCUUGACCAAUCAGGAUAUCACGCUGGACAGCCAUGGUGAUUCCCGUCUGCGCAACUCCUGCAUGUCGCUGGAUGACAAGACGCGCACCAUGAGCCGGUCGGGAUCCUUCAGGGACGGGUUUGAGGAAGUUCAUGGAUCGUCUCUCUCGCUGGUGUCCAGCACCUCUUCUGUCUAUUCAACGACGGAGGAGAAAUCACAGUCAGAGAUCCGCAAGCUGCGUCGAGAACUGGACGCCUCCCAGGAAAAGGUGUCCGCCCUGACAACGCAACUCAGUGCUAAUGCCCACCUGGUGGCAGCGUUUGAGCAGAGUUUGGGCAACAUGACCAUCCGACUGAAGAGCAUCACCAUGACCGCAGAACAGAAGGACUCUGAGCUGAAUGAGUUGAGGAAAACCAUCGAGCUGCUAAAGAAGCAAAACGCAGUGGCUCAAGCGGCUAUCAACGGCGUCAUCAAUACUCCAGAACUCACCUGCAAGAGUCAACGCACGGGUAAUAAUGGAGCGCAGCCGGACCUGCGCAUGCGCAGACAGCACUCAUCUGACAGCGUCUCCAGCAUCAACAGCGCCACCAGCCACUCCAGCCUGGGCUCCAACAUGGACAACCCCGACUCCAACAGUAAGAAGAAGAGGAAGAACUGGCUGCGGAGCUCCUUCAAACAGGCCUUCAGUAAGAAGAAAUCCCCUAAAUCAGCCUCGUCCCACUCAGACAUUGAGGAGAUGACGGAUUCCUCUCUCCCUUCCUCUCCCAAACUCCCUCACAACGGCACCAGCACCUCGGCACUGCUGCUCCGCAACACACACUCCAGCUCAAUACUGUCAGACUGUCUGGAUGCGGAGGCGGAGACUGUGAUGCAGCUGCGUAGCGAGCUACGAGAGAAGGAGAUGAAGCUGACGGACAUUCGAUUGGAAGCCCUAAGCUCCGCCCACCAGCUGGACCAGCUGCGGGAGGCUAUGAACCACAUGCAGGUGGAGAUCGAGAAGUUAAAGGUGGAAAAUGAUCGCCUUAAGUUGGAAAGCCAAGCCAGUGGGAGCAGGGCGUCUGUCUAUAACCCGAGCUCGACCGCAACGCCUGGCUUGUCUGAACACAGCCUCAACCACACAGAGUCCAGCAGCUUCGACAUGUUGUUGGACGACUCUGGUGGAGACGGAAGCUCUCGUAAAGAGAGCAGACAUGUGAAAAUAGUGGUCAGUCUUCAAGAGGACGUCACGUGGAAAGAGGACUGCAGGACUCGGGACUAUCUGAUUGGCUGCAUCGGUGUCAGUGGAAAAACCAAGUGGGAUGUUCUGGACGGAGUUGUGCGGCGCUUGUUUAAGGAGUACAUCAGGCAUGUAGAUCCGGUCAGUCAUCUGGGCCUGGGUUCAGACAGUGUGGAGGGAUAUCGUAUUGGAGACGUGAUCCGGUCCGGCGGAGCAGACACACCUGAACUCCUGCCUUGUGGAUACCUUGUGGGAGAGAAUGACACCAUCAACAUCUCGCUGAAAGGUGUGAACACUCAGUCCGAGGAUUCUCUGGUCUUCGAGACAUUGAUUCCCAAACCCAUGCUUCAGCGUUACGUGUCUUUGCUCCAGGAGCAUCGCAGGAUCAUCCUUUCAGGCCCCAGUGGUACUGGAAAAUCUUACCUGGCCCACAGACUGGCGGAGCAUCUGGUGCUGCGAGGGGGCAAACUGCCCAAUGAGAGCAACAUCGUCACCUUCAAUGUCGACCAUAAAUCCAGCAAGGAGUUGCGUCAGUACUUAGCAAAUAUAGUGGAGCAGUGCAGCGCUGACGGGCAGGAGACUGAAAUCCCUCUGGUGCUCAUUCUGGACAACCUUCAUCACAUCAGCUCACUGGGAGAGAUCUUCAACGGCCUGCUUAACUGCAAAUACCAGCGCUGCCCGUAUAUAAUCGGCACGAUGAGUCAGGCGACAUCUUCUGCUCCAAACCUGCAGCUCCAUCAUAACUUCAGAUGGGUGCUGUGUGCUAACCACAUGGAGCCGGUAAAAGGUUUCCUGAGCCGGUUUCUGAGGAGGAAGCUGAUCGAGACCGAGAUCGGCAGCCGAGCACGUAACCCUGAGCUGGUGAAGAUCAUAGACUGGAUCCCUCAGGUCUGGCACCACCUCAACCGCUUCCUGGAGGCCCACAGCUCCUCCGAUGUGACCAUUGGUCCACGUUUGUUCCUGUCAUGUCCGAUGGAUGUGGAUGGUUCCCGCGUUUGGUUCACUGACCUGUGGAACUACUCCAUCAUCCCCUACAUGCUGGAGGCUGUGAGAGAAGGCUUACAGCUAUAUGGUCGCAGAGCUGCAUGGGAGGAUCCUGCGCUGUGGGUUCUGGAGACUUUUCCAUGGGCAGCUUCUCAUCAGCACCCUGAUUGGCCAGCUCUGCUGGAGCUCCGCCCAGAGGACGUGGGCUUCGAUGGAUACUCCGCCUCCAGAGAGGGCCUUAAUAAACAGAGUACUCAGAGUGACAGUGAUGCCGACCCACUGAUGAACAUGCUCCUGCGUCUGAAAGAGGCGGCCAGCUGCUCCGGCCCACAGAGUUACGACAGUGACUCCAAUAGUAACAGUCAUCAUGAUGAUAUCCUGGACUCUUCGCUGGAGUCCACACUGUGAUCCGACCUGAUCCCUUCUGCCAUUUAAUUCCUCAACUCUAAUGCCAGCCGAGGCAGCAAAAUCAAGUCAUUACAUCACAUCUACGGGUGCAGGUAACCCAAAUAAAGAAUGAUGCUUUAUAUAUAAAAAGAUAUAUUUAAAAAUAAAAAUACAUAUAUAUAUAUAUAUAUAUAUAUAUAUGCCAAAACUCAGCGGUACUUAUAGCUGCCUCAUGUAAAUCGUCAACGUAAAAUCAUCAACAAAAUCAGAAGAAAGUGCUUUGUCCCAAUUUGCACCUCAAAAAUAAAAGUGUGGUCACAUUAGCCAAAUUUUAUGAACAGAAAAAAGGUUAAUUAUUCGUCGUCAAUAAUGUAGCAAUGUAUGAAACGCAGCUCACACAAUUCAACCUGAAGCUACUGCAAAAAAAAAUUUUUCGCCCUAACACGAAAUUCACAAUUUUGUGGAUUUCUACUGAACUGACUGGAUCAUUUCACCUACGAAAACUUCUCUAAAUGUGAUCGCACCUGAACUGUCGUUGAAACUUUUGCAAACAAUGCAAUGCUGGUUUGUCUUACCCUCUACUGGUGAAACGGAGGAAUUACAUCUUGAAUCUGACACUGCCAUCUUGGCGUCAGCAUCUAUUUCCUCAUAGACUUUCCCUGUUUUGAUGGACUUGCUUUACAAAACCAGCUUGAUCGAAUGCUGACCAUUGUUUCAUGUUUGACAUGAUAAGGAUACAGAUGAAGUAGCAUGUUGCUACACUUAUGAUUUUGGACUUAUUUAUUGUGAGGAUAGGAAAAUAAUACCUCGUUUGCCAUCUGGGAUGUGCUUUUGUUUUGCCCAUUUUUUGUUAAACCACCCGUUUCUUUACUGCUGACCACAUGUUUCAGUGUUUUACUGUAGCAGAAAAGCCUAUCUAUCUAUUUUUUACACUCGAUCGCACACAAUUUUUGGUGCUGAAUAGAAUCUGGUGCCUUACUCCAUUUUGUAAAGAAUAAAUAAACGGCACUAUGUUUUAUACUUCCCGAAAAAUGCUGAUUUUAUUACAGUUCGUAAUUGAACUACAGGGCUCUGCACUAGUCCUUUGAGUUUGCCUAAAAUAAACAGCCUCAGUCAUCAUAUCAUACGAUAUGUGUGGUUUAGAUAAGAGGAAGUGGAUAAAGGGAGUGACUGUAACCUCCAUCUGUCUUGAAACUAAAUUUUGUUUAAGCAAAGUUGUGACACAGUUAAAGGGACGUUUUACAUAUUCUUGAAAACUUUCAAACAUGUGUGAGAAAAAUGAUCCAUUUUAUACAUGUUUUUAUCUUAAGUGGAUCUUCUAUGAGGCUUUAUGUGGUGCUUAAAGACCAUUUCAUCACAUCUUGACAAAAGCACAGUGAGAAAUUGUUCAUAAUUUGGUGCAUGAGUAUACCUCAUUGACCAUUUAGGCCUUUUUCAUGUACAUAUCAAUGCAUUCAAUGUGAAAGUGUAAGAAAUGUCCACAUAGUCAUUGGAUUAAUAAUAUACUGUAUUUGCUGCUUUGUAAUGCAAGGAUGCUUUCUUGAGGAUUUGUACAUAAAAUUUUAUCUUGGAUUGUCUAUAAAGGAAUGUUAUUUGGAUGGAUAGUGAGUUUCACUGCAUGGGAAAGCAUAAUUUAUAGGGCUAUUCAGUGUCUUCACCUUCUUUAUGUUGUCGAAUGCUGUUUGUAUGGCACUGCAGGGUUUUAAUUACACCAUUGCUUCCAUUCACUCCAGUUUGAUUCCUGUCGGCCAUCGCUCCUAUGCAACAUCAUCCUGGAUUUCAUAUGGAAGUCAAAUAUCGUAGCUCUGUAAUGCUGUCAGCACUGCCAAUAAGUUGUGUAUAUAAUUUGUGAAUAAUUUUAGGAUAUGUGCCUACUAAUCAUUUUCUUUGAUGGGUUAUGAUGACGAUGUUGAAGUCAUUUUAAGCACAAAUGUUGUAUAUGUGAUUGUUAUAAUUGGAUUUCAUGUCACUGAAUGUAUAUGUCAUUUCUGGCUGUAAAAUAUCCAUGUAAAUAUUUGACUGUUUGCCGGCUGCAUUUUGAUGAAUGAUCUUUUUCUAGCCAUUUAUAACAGUGUUUGGAAUUAUGGAAUAUUUUGUGUACAGUGUCUUUUUCAUCUUAACAGUCCCACGGAUGGUCUGUGAAACACAGACGAGCCCUAAAGAUUUACUGACCACAUUACCCGUUUUAAAUUAUUUGUAAUUCAAUAAACCUAAUAAUUAUUUAUAAA